AAAUAGUCAAACAAGCAUUGCAAAAGUGUCUAAUUUGACUAUUAAACUCUAUAUCCUGUUGUCAUUUAUGUCAAAAACGCCAACUUCCGACAAGGGAUCAGCGGCCAUCUUUCCUUUUUUAAUUUGGAAUUAAACAUGCCCUUUCAAAGGUUUGUAGAAACGGGCCGAGUGGCCGUUGUUUCCGACGGCCCUUACAAAGGAAAAUUGGUCAGCAUUGUUGAUGUUAUCGACCAAACUAGGGUCUUAGUUGAUGGUCCAGAAACGCAAGUUCCCAGAAGUCAACUGAGGCUAAACCAACUUGACUUGACGAAGUUUAGAAUUAACUUUCCCUUUUCCGCAUCCACCAAGGUGGUCAGAAAGUCAUGGAAGGACAAUAAAGUCCAAGAAAGCUGGGAGAAAUCUGUAUGGGCACAGAAAAUUGCAGCAAAAGAAAAGCGUGCCCAGUUAACAGAUUUUGAUCGUUUCAAAUUGAGAAGAGCCAGAUCACGCAGGAAUAAGAUAAGAACUGUAUCUUUCCUUGCAUUGAGAAAGGCUUCAUCUAGAAACGGCUUUUUGUAUGGUAAGAAAAAGAUGGCUAAAGGAGGUGACAAACCUAGACCUAGCAAGAAAGCGGCAAAGAAACCUGCAAAAAAAUAAGUAUAAGUGACAAAUAAAUGUUUAUUUAAUAAAG